UCGUCUGCCCACGCUUUGCUGACCGCGGAGCAAAGUGCGAGCGACAAAAGGGCGGAGUCUCCGACCUCCUCGUUUUCCUUUCUUCUGCCCUCUCGUUCCAAAUCCAUUACCAGAUCUGAAUACGAAGGAAGCAGCACAGGAGGAGAAUCGAAGCUAGUCGAAGAAGAUAACGAAUGGCGAGCGACAGCGAUCUCGACGAGGACGAGCUCCUCCAGAUGGCGCUCAAGGAGCAGGCGGAGAGGGAUGUCAACUACAAGAGGCCGUCGGCCAAAAAUUCUAAGCCCGUCGUCAACCUCAUCCGGCCUCCGCCUCCGCCGCCUUUCAUGGAUCAGAGCCAGCCUCAGGGGAACCCUAAUUCGAAUUCCAAUCCCCGUGGCAAGCAGUCCCGGCCGCAACAGCAGCAGCAGCAGCAGAGGCGGAAUCCUAGUCGUGGAGGGGAUGACGACGACGGAUCGGAGGUCGAGAUGCUGAGCAUCUCCUCUGGAGAUGAGGACUCGUCUAAAGACCGUGUUCCACCGCAGAGGGGGCGUGGCGGCAACGAUCGCCGAGCGCCCAGGGAUGAUGGCGAUACCGGGCAGGACGACGAUGAGCCCAGAAGCUGGAAAAGGGUAGAUGAGGCUGAGCUUUCUCGUAGAGUUCGAGAGAUGCGUGAAACAAGGGCUGCACCAAGUGCACAAGAACAAAAACCAAAUGCAAUUGCUCGCAAGGGGCUUGCACACUUGCAAUCUUUACCUCGGGGUGUGGAAGUUUUGGAUCCACUUGGGCUUGGGGUAAUUGACAAUAAGUCAUUGAAGCUCAUUACUGAUGCUUCAGUAAGUUCUCCACUUUCAAGAGAAAGGUCUGAAUCCCUGGAUCCUAGUAUACGAGAUAAAGUAACGUACUCUUCUCCAAACUUUGACCCCAAGAUCUUUUUGUCACGGGUUCACCAAGAUACAAGUGCAGCUGAUUUAGAAGCUGGGGCCCUUACAUUAAAAGCUGAUCUCAAAGGCAGAACUCAAGAAAAGAAACAAUUGGUGAAAGAAAACUUCGAUUGCUUUAUCUCUUGCAAGACUACAAUUGAUGAUAUCCAGUCUAAGCUGAGGCAGAUAGAGGAGGAUCCAGAAGGUGCAGGUACUGCUCGAUUGUAUGAAUCCACCCAAAAUAUCAGUCAAGUUGCAAACCGUGCAUUUCAACCUUUAUUUGAGAGGCAGGUGCAAGCAGAGAAAAUUAGAUCAGUUCAAGGAAUGCUUCAGAGGUUCCGGACUCUUUUUAAUCUGCCAAGUUCAAUUCGUGGGAGCAUUGCCAAGGGCGAAUAUGAUCUAGCAGUUAGAGAGUAUAGGAAAGCGAAGUCAAUCGUCCUUCCUUCUCAUGUUGGUAUACUGAAACGUGUACUUGAGGAAGUAGAAAAGGUAAUGCAAGAAUUUAGAAUGAUGCUUUACAAAUCAAUGGAAGAUCCAGAGCUUGACUUAGCUGAUCUUGAGAACAUUGUAAGGCUGCUUUUGGAAUUGGAGCCCAGUUCAGAUCCUGUCUGGCGAUAUCUUAGCAUUCAGAAUCGGAGGAUUAAAAAUUUGCUUGAAAAGUGCACUUCAAAUCAUGAGGCUCAAAUGGAAAUCUUGCAUAAGAAGAUUCGAGAGAGAUUCAAGUCUGAUGCAAGAUGGAGGCAACUUCAAGAGGAUUCGAGUAAAUUGCUAGACUCAGAGGUGUCCUUGGAUGACUCUUCUGAACUAGAGUCACAUCUACUCGGGGAAGAAAUGGAUACUUUGAGAGGAAGAUAUAUCCAUAUGUUAAACAGUGUUCUAAUCCAUCAUAUACCAUCAUUUUGGAGAUUAUCCAUAUCUGUUUUCAGUGGAAAAUUUGCUAAGGUGACCACUGGUGGCGGGGCUCUUGAUACAGAUACAAACUCUAAACCUCCCUCUAAUAAGAAUGAUGAGAAAGCUGGUGAUAUUAAGUAUUCAACUCAUGCUCUUGAGGAGGUUACAGUAAUGAUUCAUUGCACUAUAGCUGCAUUCGAAGCAAAGGUCCAAAGCACAUUCCGAGAUUUUGAUGAAUCAAACAUUUUGCGGCCUUUCAUGAGUGAUGCUAUAAAGGAGAUUGCUAAAACAUGUCAGGCAUUAGAAGGAAAAGAAUCUGCCCCACCAGCUGCUGUUAAAGCAUUGCAUGGCCUCUAUUUUGACAUUACAAAGAUUUACAUCUUGAGGCUCUGCACCUGGAUGAGGGCAACUACUAAGGAGAUUUCUCCAGAUGAAAUGUGGAAUCCUUUAACUACUCUAGAGCGUAAUAGAUCUCCUUAUGCAAUUUCUUGCUUGCCCCUUGCGUUUCGAGCAACAAUCAUAUCAGCUAUGGACCGUAUCAGCAAUUUGAUUGAGAGCCUGAGAAAUGAAACAAUUAAGUAUCAGCACGUCUCUGAACAUAUUCAAGAAAUUCAAGAAUCAGUAAGACUUGCAUUUCUGAACUCUUUCUUGGAUUUUGCAGGUUAUCUGGAGCGAAUUGGUAGUGAACUUUCUCAACGGAGAACAAAUAAAGAGAAUAGCUCUCUUCAAAAUGGGUAUCUGCACAAUAUUGAGAACGAAUUGUCUACUUCAUAUGGUGGUUGUGCUGCUGCUACUUCUGAUUUCCACCAGAAGCUACUUAUAGUUUUAAGUAACAUCGGACACUGCAGAGAUGAGCUUUCCCAUAUUCUGUACAAUAAGUACAAGCAUGUGUGGCUACAGCACAGGGAUGAUGAUGAACAAAAUGCUGACAUGCGAGACCUAGUGACAUCAUUUUCUGCACUUGAGGAGAAAGUACUUGGACAAUAUACAUGUGCUAAGUCAGAUUUAAUCAGGGAUGCUGCUCAGAUCUAUCUUUUUGGUUCUGGCAUUCAAUGGGGAGGUGCACCUACUGUCAAGGGUAUCCGAGAUGCAACAAAUGAUCUGCUGCACAUCCUUGUGGGAGUACAUGCAGAGGUCUCCAAUGGUGCAAAACCUUUGUUGGAGAAGAUACUAGGCAUAUUAGUGGAAGGUUUGAUUGACACUUUUAUUAGCCUUUUUAAUGAAAAUAAAAAUAAAGAUUUGAAAGUGUUGGAUACAAAUGGUUUCUGUCAGCUAAUGAUUGAGCUUGAGUAUUUUGAAACUGUUUUGAGUGCUUAUUUCUCUCCCCAAGCUCAUGAAGCUUUGAAGAACUUGCAAGGAUUGCUUUUGGAUAAAGCUUGUGAGAGUGUGUCUGAGCCUUCCGAAAAUCCAGGGCACCAGCGUAGAUCAACUCGCGGGAGUGAAGAUGCCAUGGCUGACGACAGACAGUCCAAUAUUUCUCCAGAUGACUUACUUGCAUUGGCCCAGCAAUUUAGUUCGGAGCUACUAGAAGGGGAACUGGAAAGGACUCGUUUGAAUAUAGUAUGCUUUAUGGAGGCCUCUCUUCAUCCAACAAGUCACCAAGGGCCCCAAAAAUCUGCUUUUUCUGCACUCCAAGGACCUGUUGGUUCUCCAAAUUACAGGAGGCAGCAGACUGUAGGCUCUCCGGCAUACUCUCGGCAAAGACGCAAAUAAGGGUUGGCAGGAAAGCCAGCAUUUGUUAGUGCUUCUCAUUUUUGUUUUCUCCCCUUUUCUUCUUUCCCUUCCCUUGUAUGGUUGAAUUGUAGGUUAUGUUAUUUUGUAUAGUUGGUGAAUACUUGGGCUAUUCUUUGGGUGUUUUGUAUUCUUGAGUUGGAAACAACCAUAGCUUUUUUACUUGUAAAAUGGUGGACCAUUAAUACAUUAUGUCGUUCGCUUUC